AUGACUUUGGGAGGAGAGUCCACUGAGGUGCCACAGGGGAGCUUCGCUGUGUUGCAGAACCACUCGGCCAUGUUGGAGAACUCCGUUUCUAGCCAAGUUGGCAUUGAGGAACCAAAAGUUCUGAAGUUGCAGAGAUCUUGCAAGUCAGAGCACAAGGACUUCUGUUUCAUUGGUGAUUGCCACUACUCCACAGAUGAGGACCUACCAAGCUGUAGAUGUCCUUCCACACAUUCCGGGGAACGUUGUGAGCAUUUGACACUGACUGUGGACGACCCGAAUCGAACAAGUCCCGAGGAGAUUAUUUCCAUCUGCCUUGGUGUCGUUUUGCUGCUGGCCUGUCUCACUGGCGCCAUCUACUGUUUCAUGAGGAAAAGGUACGCCUAUUUCGAAACUCAAGUUCUGGUAUACUUUUGUUACUCAACCUUGUUAUGUUUGCCACCAUCACAGACAUAA